AUGUUCCUUCGCCCACACGAUUUGCAGGGCAACAGCGUCGGCACGAUCUUUUCCAAAGCGGCCAACAUGAUUCGAGAGUCUCUCGAGAUCGAAGGAUGCGUCUUCUUCGACGCACACGUACGGUUGUUUGGCGGCCUCAGCGACGUCAAGCCCCACGCGGACCAUGGCGACGUCGCAGCACAGUCCGCGAGCAGCAGCGACGCUCUCUCCUCGUCUGGCGGCGAGAACGCAGCACCAGACUGCCGCGUGCUCGGCUUCGCCACGACAGACGCGUCCAGCAUCAACGGCGCGCGGCCCUCGGCCAUGCGCGCCAACCUGCCCGAGGGCUUUUUGGCGCGUCUGCUCCGACGCUACCCCGAUGGCAAGAUAUUCAAUUUCCGCCCCAACGGCGAGCUGCGCCUGACCGACUCCUCGGAAGACGACCGCUUGACAGCGUUGCCAGGCAUGCUGACACACGCCGCAAAUCCUCGUUCUUCCCCUGCGCCGUCCCGACGUCGCAACCACCCUUGGGCCCGGCACCGCGAGGGCACCGCCAUUCUGCGAGCGUUCCCCGGAGCACAAUGCGUCGCCUUUGUCCCCGUCCGGGAUUCGAAGAAAGAUCGAUGGCGCGCCGGGGGCUCAGCUUCCUGA